AUGUGGACAUGCCGAAAUACUUGCCAUGAUCAGUCUGGCAAGUGGGAAGUGACAACAAGCAGCUCAGUCCACAGUGAAAGCUGUCUUCCCUGCAGAAACCUGCGGAGUGGCGUCCGCAAGGGCCUUGUUAGCAAUCUUAUCCCUGUCCACCGAAGCACCUCCUCUCCGCCUCGGUCUCCCCUCUCCCCGCGUCCCUAUGGCGCUGAGAUAAGGAGCCUUCUCUCUCUGCCCCACAGUGGUCGGGAGAGCUUUUUCUCGUUUUCCGCUUCGCUCAGGCGCAUCGCGGGCAGCCCAGGAGGCGCGGAGCGGAGCGAAGGCCCCGUCGCGCGGCUGCCGGGGGUGACGUGUCGGUGGGAGCGGCGGCGGCGGCGGCGGCGGCUCGGCCAGGCCCGGUCCGGUGCGGUCCGGUCCGGAGGGAUCAUGUCGAAGGUUACCUUCAAAGUGACGCUCACCUCGGACCCGCGGCUGCCCUACAAAGUGUUGAGUGUGCCUGAAAGUACACCUUUCACAGCUGUCUUGAAGUUUGCUGCAGAAGAAUUCAAAGUUCCUGCAGCAACAAGUGCCAUUAUAACAAAUGAUGGAAUAGGAAUAAACCCUGCACAAACAGCAGGAAAUGUAUUUCUAAAGCAUGGUUCAGAUCUACGGAUUAUCCCCAGAGAUCGAGUUGGGAGUUCUUAACAACUGCUAAUGGAAUAAGUGACAUUACUAUUCAGCCAGGUUGUAUUUAUUUUGGAACUCAGCUACUGAAAUGACCUCCUUUAAAGCAAUCAAAAAUGACUCCCCAGGGUUUGAUCUUUCUUUAAAUACAGAUAAGGUUUCAGUUCGUUGUUAAAAUGUAUUAAAUCAUACACUCAUUCUUGACAAGUAUAAGAAUGGACUGGUGCCAUAUUAUCUUCUUGAAUGAAAGAUGGACCUCUCCAAAAGUGUUACUGAAACCAGAAGGGCAGACACACAACUACUAUCAAGAGAUUUAAAAUAUUCUGUAUUGUUGAGCCUACUCGGUGGAAAGGAGAGAUGUUUAUGAUUUUGCUACAAAGAAAUUGCUCUUUACUGAGUGCUGAACAUUUUUUUUCUAAACCAUGAUAUUCCCACAUUCAGAAGAACAGUUUGUCCCAUGUUCAAAUAUUUAGCUCAAAUAGAAGAGAAAUUUCAGGAGUUUAUUACUGAAAUAAAUGAGUAACUGCCAGAUGUUUCAAAGUAAUUGUAAGAUGCUGAAAUUAUUUUAAAUAAAGGAAAAUGCAGAGGUAAUUGUUAAAAUUUCAUUUGACACUUAGUGAAAUUAAACACAGUUUCAGAAAAUUUGAGACAUGAUCUACCUGAAUGAAGUGUCCUAAGCUGAAAAGGGUUGCACCAUAUUUUGGGAGUGUAUAAGUAUUGGUCAAAUAUGUCAUUCCUUUUUCAGUAAACUAAUUUUAUUUCUUUGUAAAAGUCUUGUUUUGUUACUCUGUGUUACAAAGGAACCAUGUAAAAUUCACUGAAAUGUUUGUGUUCAAGUAAUACACUAUGUUUAUAAAUUGCCUGAGGUAAAUGAUCAAAGGUGUAUUUUAAUUAGAGAAAUUAAUACUGUUUUUCUUGAACUAGUAAUACUAUUUUGUAAUUUAAUAUAUUUGACAAAAUCUUACUCUGUUGCAUUUUCUCUGUCUUACUGAGUUUGUUACAAGUAUAAUUGUCCUGUGCGAUAAUCAUGCUCCAGAAAGAUAUUCAAAUAAUAGUGGCAGAUGUAAUAGAAGUACAAAAUGCCUUUUGAGCUGGCACAAAGUAAGCACAUAGAAGAAGACUCUGAAAGUGGUAUUUGAGAAUAAACAUUUUCCAGUUCUAAAACUUAAUUGUAAAAUUCUGGAUUUUCCUUUACUUCAAUAAAUGAUAUGAACAAAAAGAAA